AUGCACCGCCCACCAACAGACAUCCCCGACCUCUUCUCCCCCCUCCUCAACCCCCCGAGCUGGGCACUCAACCCAGGUCCCUCUGAACUGUAUACGCCGAGCAACCGCCUGCCAUCCCUCAAGCGAGCGCGUGAAGAAGAGCAAGAGGAAUACCGUGUCGAGAACCAGGAACCCGUCAAGUCGUAUCUCCCGCAACUUGACCCGCUCUUCGUUCCCCCUCGUAGGAUCCAAUUUGCUACCCAGCGGAAGAAGACCAAGACCAAGGCCAAGGUCGUGCGAGUUUCAGACCCGCUUCACCACCACUCCGUCAACCAGAACCUGCCCAACCUCAACAACCCCAACCCCAACCUCAUCCCCUACGACGCACACACCCAACAGCUGCUGUCGGACAUGUGCACCCUCUUCCCACCCCCUCCCCCACCUCCUCCCAUCCUCGAAGCCUUCACAUUCAUCUAUACUCUUGGCCCCAACCCCGUCCAAAUCCCCGUAUACUACAUAAACGGCCUGAUCGUCGCUAACGGUGUCACUCUAACCCCCGAAGAACUAGACGAGAUCACUGCCUCUCUGAAACCCAAACCCAAACCCAAGCCCAGCACCACUGCGGCGUCCGAGAAGAAGAUUAUGGGCCUAAUCACCUCUUUCAUCGACCAUAAUACCCGUCUUUCUCUCCGCGCAACUUGUCGGGGCAUCAAGGAAACUGUCGACGACAUCUUGUUUGACCACGCGGCCAUCUUGGCUGUCAAUCAAGUAGCCGUCCUCACGACACCCAGGGCGCCAUUCUACCGGCUGCCAAUUGACCGGGACGCGCCAAUCAUCCGUAAAAUCACCGUGUUGGACAUCCUCAAAGUCGUCACUUAUCCGCCUCGGUAUAUCCCCCUCCCUCUCCUCCGUUCUGCGCUCGACAACACGCAGAUCACCCUCGUCCGCGCCGAACGGUUCAAAGUCACUCCCCCCGCCCGCCGUACUGUUCUCCACGUCAUCCCACCCGACAUUCAACCCGGUCAAGCCAACUCUGACCGCGUCAUCUGGCACCCCUACACGAGCAACUUGCUCGACUGUCUCCAGAACCUCGAGGACGGCCGGGUUUGGUAUGCCGACCUGACGAUCGUGCUUGACCACAACGAAAUUCGGGGCCCAGUUCUCAAAAAGCUGGGGAAAUACCUCGUUUCAACGAGGGGAAAGUUGACGGUUGUUUGUGGGCGCGACUUGGCGACCGGGUUAGGUGUUCCGCUGGGAUAUACUAGUGACAAAGCGACCGAGUUAGUCCGCCAGAGGCUUAGGGAGGAAGGGGCGGGAGAGGCGGCGGAACGGUUCGAGCUCACUUUCGACCUCGAGUGGAAUGCCCAUGCGCUUUUGCGGGAGCGGCGCAUGCCGGUUUACGCGGGCGAGGUACGGAGUGGCGGUGGUAGCAAGAAGUAA